UGAUAGAAUCUUGAUUACAAGAAGCUGGAGGAACAUAUAAUUUUGACCAUAGAGGUACCACCAUGUAGUACCAUCCAUUUUGGAUUGGUCAUUAAUGGCACAAGGACUGUGACUUCUUCUGAGAUAAACAAACCAAACUCUUUCCUAACACUUUCCACCACUUCAGGAUCUGUGAAGAGUCUAGCAAACGCCUACUUGUACCCAGUAGCAACUUCAUAAUCUCUAUAUGGUGGAGUUCUCCUUGGCAAAGAAAGUAUUUCAUUGCUGUAGUACAUGGUAUUUGUGAAGUCUUUUGUUGAAGACAAGACGAAUUUUAAAGAUAAAGUAUCGCAAGAAAAUGGAUGCCAUGGUUAUUGGAGGUAUUUUAUUAUGUGUUUGACCAGUUUAUUGUGGGUGCUUGGGAUCCUCCAUUUAUGAGCACUUUAUACGAAAUAGCUGCUACUAUGAUUUGGACGAGCUCAUUUUUUCUAUUGAGGUGUCAAGGUUGCUGCUAAGGGCAUGAGCAUAAGGCCUGAUAUGAGGUGUGGAACUUAAUGCUGGCUGAUUCCUCCUUAAAGGUGGAUGUGAGGUUACCAAAGUGGCGCGUGGAAUGUUUUUUUAUCUCUAAGUCGGCUUUGUGGAAGGGUCUACUUUACACCUGGGCAUAGAGGUUUACAUUUGCUGGCUGUGGGCAUAGAAGACACAUUCUAGGCGUGGGAAGAACUCUCUACAAAUUGAGUCACCUGAGGAUAAGGGCGUGAGAUGCUGGCACUAAUCAGAAGACCGUUGGGCAGCAAUUUCCGUUGAACUGGAGCACAAAACCUCUGUGGUUAUGGCCUUUCAAAUGGCAAUCUGAAAUACUGUUGUUGCUGAACCUGGCCGCUAGUUGAGAUGAGGCACGUGUCACAUAUGGUCUGAGUAGUUGAGUUUAAAUUGCUGAAGAGGUGGCAUAUGUGAUUGUUAACCAGAAGUGACUGAUAAGUAUUUUGGUCAAUGAAUUCCGUACAGAGUACUUAAGUAUGAGGAAAAAAUUAAGUGUAGCACAAUUCUGGUUGGCUUCAAGCAGCCUGAUGGUGAAUUCAGGAUUUAUAGCAUUUUUGGGUUGGUUGCAUCACCUUCUACUGGAGCAGAAACUUGCAAAGUUGGUCUUGUCAGCUACACAGAUUGCUUUCUUUACUGUUUUUCUGGGGUUUGGAUUACAUGCAUUACUAUAUGCUAAGUAUAGACAUUACCAUCAAAGGUUUUUUAUAAGUAGAGGAAAUUUACAUAUUGUUCAAAUAAUUACCACAGUUCUAACUGUAAUCUAUUCAGGUGUUACAAUUUACUAUUGUUGGGUCGCUCAUUAUGAUAGACUAUCUCAUAACUAUUUUCCAAACUUGGUAUAUUUUUCUACCCAAACAAUGGCAUGGUCUGCUUCAUUUAUUCUUAUAAAUUUUGAAAAGAGAUCUGCCUUGUCCUCUCACCAUUUUCUUCUAAGAGGUUGGUGGGUUGUUAGUUUCUUCACAUGGACAUAUCAGAUUCUUUCACGUGGUGCCUGCUUCAUCAGUGACAACUUCAAUCUAUUUCAUGUAGUAUUUGAUGAUUACAUAUUGAUUGUGACUCUUCCAUUAGUCUCAAUACUUCUGGUGGUUGCCAUCAAGGGCUCCACAAAAGUAAUAGUCACAGAAAAUAACGAUAAUCUUUCAACAAAUCUAUUAAAUAACAAAAGAUCCACGUGGCUACGGCAGGAUCCUGAAGGUGUAACCAGUUACACUGGUGCAGGAUUCAUAAGCAGGUUCACUUUUAUGUGGAUGAAUUCUUUGCUGGCAACUGGUUACAAAUCUGCUAUCCAAGUUCAUGAAAUACCAAUGCUUAUGAUUGAAGAUAGAACUGAAAGUGUUAGUCUUUUAUUGCAAUCAAAGCUGCAAACAGCAGGAGGUUCCCUUGCAUUAGCUCUGUUGCAGUCCUUCUGGAAGCAAUUUGUUUUAACUGCUGUUUUAGCCAUCUUAAAAAUCUCUGUGAUGUAUAUGGGUCCCCUUCUAAUACAGCGAUUCAUAGAUGUCACAUCAAGCAAAGAGACUAUAUGGUACAAUGGAGCUGCUCUUGCUUCUAUACUGUUUGUAGCAAAGUUAUCUGAAGUGGUUAUAGAUCAUCAAUAUAACUUUUAUUGUUGCAAACUUUCCUUGGCUGCAAGGUCAUCAAUGAUUAGUAGAAUUUACCAAAAGGGAUUAUGCCUCUCAAAUUCUGCACGACAGAGCCAUGGAAUAGGUAAAAUUGUAAACUAUAUGUCUGUUGACGUGAAUGAAGUUGUUAGGAUUGUACAAACCAUCCAUGACAUUUGGGCAAUGCCAAUACAGAUAGCUAUUGCAUUGCUUAUUCUCUUUGAUGUGAUACGACUUGCUAUGGUGGUUGGCCUGCUUACCAUGGUAUUUGUUAUGGUGCUUUGUUUACUAGUAGCCUCAAAACAACAGAAAUACAUGGUACAGGUACUUGCUUGCAAAGAUGAUCGAAUGAGGUUGACUAACGAAGCAAUCAGCAAUAUGAAGAUAAUUAAAUUGCAGGCCUGGCAAGAAUGGUUUCAUAAGAAAGUUAAGGCUGCUCGUGAUGCUGAACGGGUCUGGAUAAUGAAGCUUAUGUAUAUUGGUGCUAUGAACGUUUGUAUGCUAUGGUUAUCACCUUUAGCAGUUUCUGUUGUCUCAUUUGGUUCAUGCUUACUGAUGAAGAUAGAGCUGACACCAGGGCGAGUUUUUACUGCUAUUUCAACCUUUCGUAUUCUCCAAGAACCUUUAAGACAAUUUCCUUCUCUGAUCACCGCAGCAGUACAAGCUGCUGUAUCUCUCAUUCGGCUUGAAAAAUAUUUCAGCAGUGAUGAGAUGAAUGGAGAGGCUGUUGAGAGGUUAGCUGUGGGAGCUAACUAUGCGUUAUCAAUUGUAGAGGGGUCAUUCAAGUGGUCUCUUGAAGAUGAAAUGCCAAUUCUCAAAAACAUAAAUUUAGAUGUCAGACCUUCAUCAUUAAUAGCAGUUGUAGGGAGGGUUGGCUCAGGCAAAUCUGCAUUUCUUUCAUGCAUACUUGGAGAGAUGGAGAAAGUCACUGGAACUGUGAAGGUGAGUGGAAGUGUAGCAUAUGUCGCACAGUCAGCUUGGAUACAGAAUUGUACAAUUCAAGAUAAUAUCUUAUUUGGAAAAGAUAUGGACUAUGCCAGAUACAAGAACACUCUCAAGGUAUGUGCGCUGGAUAAUGAUCUGUCUCAGAUGGCAAAUGGUGAUAAGACUGAAAUUGGCGAAAGAGGCAUCAAUCUAAGUGGUGGACAGAAGCAACGCAUCCAGGUGGCUAGAGCUUAUUAUCAAAGUGCAGAUAUUUACCUUCUUGAUGACAUUUUUAGCGCUUUAGAUGCCCAUACAGGAACCCAUCUAUUCAAGGAAUGCAUUAGAGGUGCUUUGAAGGAUAAGACUGUUGUUCUAGUGACACAUCAAGUGGAGUUCCUUCGUGAGGCUGACUUGAUAAUAGUUAUGAAUGAAGGCUGUAUAAUAAGUUCUGGCACAUAUAAUGAACUCUCACUGGAUGCUAACUUCGGGGCACUAGUUAAUGCUCAUAGAAAGGCAUUAGAUGAUGUAACAGUUAAAUGUGAUUCAGAUUGCUAUACUGAUAGAGAAGAUGAUAUAUGCCAACAAUCAUGCUCAAUAGAAACUGGUCCAUCAACAUCUGUGAAUCCUUCCUUACAAAAGCAAGUGGGAGGGAAUGUACUACCAAAUCAAGGUUUAGUGGAGCUAAAAAAAGAGGCAUGUGACAUGAAAGAGAUGGAGAAUGAGUCUGAUGGCCAUUGUGCUUCUACAUUAAUUGAUGAAGAGGAGAGAGCUGUUGGCCGUGUAAAUAUGUCUAUUUAUUUGGCAUAUUGGACAAUGUCCUUCCAAGGGUUGCAUGUAAUUGUUUUGGUUGUCAUUCAAAUAUGUUGGCAAGCUUUGCAAAUAUUAAGUGACUUCUGGCUAGCUUUUUUUACUUCUGAAGGAAAAGCGAGUAUGAAGCCUAGAAGGUUUAUCAGCAUUUAUUCAUAUUUAGCAUUUGGAAGUGGAUUUUUUGUUCUCAUCCGGACCCUUCUGAUUGCAUUUUCUGGAUUAAGAACAGCACAAAAGUUCUAUGUUAAUAUGUUGAACAGUGUUUUCCAGGCUUCCAUGUCUUUCUUUGACACGACUCCAUCUGGAAGGAUACUGACAAGGUCUUCUACAGAUCAGGGGACUUUGGACUUUGCAAUUCCAAUGAUAUACGGGUCAACUUUGGCAGUAUCUUUCCAACUUCUUGGAGUUCUUUUUGUUACUUGCCAAGUAACAUGGCAGAUGUUAUUUGUCAUCUUUCCGCUGGGAUAUGUUUACAUAGUAUAUAUGAAAUAUUACCUUAGCACAUCAAGGGAACUCACUCGUUUGGACUCAAUUACAACGGCACCUAUUAUGGCCAAUUUUUCUGAAACUUUAACUGGAAUUACAACAAUUCGUGCUUUUUGCCAUGAGGAAAGGUUCAGGCUUAUUAAUAAUAAGUUGGUUGACACAAAUAUGUGUAUCGACUUUCAUAAUUUUGCUGCCAGUGAAUGGCUUGGUUUUCGUAUUGAAAGUAUUGGAAACAUUAUCCUUUGCUCCUCAGCAUUACUUUUGGUUCUCCUUCCAAAAGGAAUUAUAAAACCUGAAUAUGUAGGGUUAUCACUCUCAUAUGGCCUUUCACUCAAUGGUUGCAUCUUCUUUCUGGUGUAUUGUAUUUGUCAAAUUGAACAGAGUAUGGUUGCAGUAGAAAGAAUAUUGCAGUAUUGCAGGAUUCCAAGUGAAGCUUCACUUGUACUGCCAAAAAAGCAUCCGGAAAAAUGUUGGCCAAGUCAGGGAAGCAUUAUAAUAGAUCAUUUACAGUUAAGAUACCUUCCUGAAGCACCUCUGGUAUUAAAGGAUCUUACAUUCUCCAUUAAGGGAGGUGAAAAGCUGGGAAUAGUAGGUAGGACAGGUAGUGGGAAAUCUUCUCUCGUCUUGACUCUCUUCCGAAUAGUUGAGCCUACUGCAGGAAAAAUUAUCAUUGAUGGGAUCGAUAUCAGUACAGUUGGCCUAAAUGAGUUGCGGACAAGGAUUAGCAUCAUCCCACAGGAACCAACUCUUUUUCAAGGAACUAUCAGAAAUAAUUUGGAUCCACUUGGUGUGCAUACAGAUGAAGAGAUAUGGAAGACACUGGAGAAGUGUCUCUUAACUGAUGUAAUUUCUCAAAAGGAAGAAAAGCUCGAUGCUCCUGUGUCUGAAAACGGAGACAACUGGAGUAUGGGGCAACGACAACUUAUUUGUCUUGGAAGAGUCAUUUUAAGACAAAGUCGUAUUGUUAUUCUAGAUGAGGCAACCGCAUCAAUUGAUACUGAGACAGAUUUAUUGCUUCAGAAUAUAAUUAAGACUGAGUUUGCAGACUGUACAGUUAUCAUUAUUGCACAUAGAGUACCAAAUGUAAUGGGCUGUGAUAAUAUCCUUGUCUUGGAUGCAGGGAAAGCAAGGGAAUUUGGAUCUCCCACAUCCUUGCUUAAACAAUCUUCUUCGAUUUUCAAAUCUCUUGUCACAGAAUAUUGGAACCGUUCAAGAAGUCAUGAUGCUGAGUCUAUUUAGACUUCUAUAGAGAUAUACGUUCAGUUUCAAUAAAUAUCAAUUACCGAAAUUAAGAAAAGAUAUGACGAUGGUGGAUAUUUCUUUGAUAACCUUAAUUACAUUUCUUUUCCACAUAAAGUGUUUAGAAGAUAUACUAUAAUUUUGGCAGAGUUGAUCUUAUUCUUUUCAAAUUUACAAUUUAAAAUGUGUGUUUUCUUCCUUUC